AUGAGCGCAGCCCUGGCCGAUACUGAGUCGAAGCUGUCCGCAAAGAUGACUGAGCUGAAGAAGGACAGCGGCGCGAGUGAAGUGGGAAGCGGCGAGAUUAUCCACAAUCCCGAACACCUGCAACGCCAUCUCACUCCACGUCAAGUCCAAUUCGUGGCAAUCGGAGGCUCGAUCGGAACAGCCCUUUUCGUUAGCAUCGGGUAUGGUCUGAUGCGUGGAGCAGGCAGCCUGUUGGUAGCAUUUGCUUUGCAAGCCUGCGUAAUUGCCCAAGUCAACAACUCGUUGGCGGAGAUGACUGUCUUCAUGCCAAUCAGUGCAUCUUUUAUCCACCACGCCAGGACCUGGGUUGACGAUGCCUGGGGCUUUAUGGUCGGCUGGAAUUUCUUUCUCUUUGAGGCGCUUCUCAUUCCGUUUGAGAUUACGGCUUUGGAUAUGGUCUUGACCUUUUGGCGCGACGAUAUCCCCUCCGCUGCAGUCAUCACGACAUGCAUCGUCCUCUACGCAGCAUGCAACGUGCUCGUUUUCAAGUACUUUGGCGAAACAGAGUUCUGGCUGGCUGGGGGCAAGCUCCUGCUUAUCUGCAUCCUCUUCUUUUUCACCUUCAUCACGAUGGUGGGAGGCAACCCGCAACAUGACGCUUAUGGUUUCCGUAAUUGGUCCAAGCCGUCUCCCUUCGUUGAGUAUAUCGACACAGGCAACCUCGGUCGAUUUCAUGGUUUCCUUGCCGCAUUAUGGCAAGCAGCCUUCACAAUCGUCGGUCCCGAGUAUUUGGCCACUGUUGCUGGUGAAGCCCAAAAUCCUCGGAAGACCAUGAAGUCUGCGUUCAAAUCAGUUUACUGGCGCUUUGGCAUCUUCUUCAUAGGCGGCGCACUGUGCGUUGGUAUCGUCCUGCCGGCUAAUGACCCUACUCUGCUCCGGGUGCUUAGCAACGGCGAGACGGGGACCGGUGCUGCUUCGCCGUUUGUCAUUGCCAUGAAGAACAUGAACAUUGGGGUUCUUCCACAUAUCGUUAACGCUUUGCUUCUGACAAGCAUCUACUCUGCCGGAAACGCUUACGUCUACUGCUCAUCCCGCAGUCUCUACGGCUUGGCCAUCAACGGACAUGCGCCGAAGUUCUUGACCAAGUGCACCAAGCAAGGUGUUCCUGUCUAUUGCCUUUUAGUUUCGGUCGCUUUCGCCUGUCUUUCUUACUUGAAACUGGGAAGCGGUUCCGUUACUGUUUUGACCUGGUAA